GUCCUGGGUCUGAACAGACUGAGACUGGGUGUGGGACGAGUCCCGGAUCUGGACAGAUUGAGGCUGGGUGUGGGCACUGUUUCUGUUGCCGUGGCAACCAUGCAAGGACUAGAACAGACCACCAUAGAGGUGGCCCCUGGAGGUGCUCUGCCUUUAGAGAGGUCUGUUGUAAAAUCACAACUGUGGAAAGAGCACGCAGAGAAAUUCUUGAAGGGGGAACCCAAAGACCUCGGGGUUGUCCAAGUUCUGAUUGCAAUCAUAAACCUCAUUUUGGGUAUAAUAAUGAUGCAUGAAAACCAAUUCCCCCACCGAGUAUUUUCAGCGUUAGUGUAUGCCCCAAUUUGGGGUUCAAUCAUGUUCAUAAUCUCAGGAUCCUUGUCAAUUGCAGCAGGAAUGAGAACUACAGAGGUCCUGGUUACCACCAGUCUAAGUUUUAACACCAUUAGCUCUGUGGUGGCUGCAGCAACAAGUAUAAUCAGUAUACUCAGUGUGGUUAUAAGUGCAAUCGAAUUUAAACAUAAAAUUAUUGUGGGAGCCGUGAAUGACUAG